UCAGAGUCCAGCUGUACCUCUCUCCCUUCUUCUCCCCCGAUCACGUCCCCGGCUCUCUGCGAUGGAGCGAGGGACAGUAUUGGCUGUGUGUCUGCUGUGCUGGUGCUGCGGUCUGCGUCCGGUCGCCGCCAUCCAGAGGGCUGACCUGUUUCCUUAUGGCAAUUUAAGUGGAGAUUUAAUUUUGGCUGAGGGCGACGAUGAAACUUCUAGAGUGCUGUCCCUGCCCAGACCCCUCUACUUCUAUGACUCCCUCUUCUCCCAGCUCUAUGUGGCCACCAAUGGCAUCAUAUCCGCCCAGGACCUGCCCAUGGAGAAGCAGUACGUGGACGACGGAUUCCCCACAGAUUUCCCCGUGGUCGCCCCGUUCCUGGCCGACAUCGACACCAGCGGAGGCCGGGGGCAGAUCUACUAUCGGGUCACCGAAACACCCAGCGUGCUGAACAGAGUGGCUCAGGAAGUCCAUCGGGGUUUUCCGGAUGCAAAGUUCACACCUACACACGCCGUUGUCGCGACGUGGGAGAAUGUGGCGUCGUAUGAAGAGCCCACCCGGACCAGCAGUCUGUCGAAUAAGGUCAACACGUUUCAGGCGGUGAUCUCCUACGACGAGACGGACUCCUAUGUGAUCUUCCUUUACCCUGAAGGAGGUCUCAACUUCUUUGGGACACGCCCGAAGGAAUCAUACAACGUGGAGAUCCAGCUUCCAGCUCGAGUCGGCUUCAGCAGAGGAGAAAUUACAUACCUGAUAUUCUCCCGGACGGAAGGCCCUCAUUAUAGUGUUACCAGUGAUGAGCAAAGUGUUAAAAACCUCUAUCAGGUUGGUAAUACAGGAAUUCCCGGCGUUUGGCUUUUUCACACAGGCAACCGUGACUCCUUCGACAACAUUGUUCCUGCGUCGGUUGUCGGCCUCCUCGCCACUCCUCCGCCCGGAGGACAGUUCCUCUCACAGGACACCACCACCCCGGAGUACGCUGAGCUGGAGGAGUAUCCGGACUACACCUUUGACCCCACUGCCCAGGAGGAAGACGACGAUGAAGAGGAGGAGGAUUAUCGCCUGACGGGCGGGGACCCUGAAUUCCAGCCUCGGCCUCCGAGGCCGUUUCCCGUGGAGGACCGCGCUCAUGGAGAAGAUGCGCCGCAGACGUCUGAACCCAGGUUCGCCCCGGAGCCGUCGGGGAGGCAGCAUGCUCCCCCAGAUCCACCUCAGAGCGUCCCGGAGGGCGGCGCCGCACCCCCCGAGGAGCAGCAACCGCAGCCCCCCCUGGACACGGCGGACGCGUACCCCCCUCGGAGAGACGAGGCGCCGCUCUCCCCGGGAAGCCACGUGGUCAGCGUCGACGAGGACGACGUGGAUUUCGACACAGGAGUGAUUCAAUACACGACAGAGAACAAGGAGACCUGUGCCAGAUUCCAGCAGCAGUGUUCCCAGAAUGCAUUUUGCUCCGACUACGCCACGGGCUACUGCUGUCACUGCCGGUCUGGGUUUUACGGAAACGGACGCCACUGUCUGCCUGAUGGCGCCCCGCAGCGCGUCAGCGGCAAGGUGAGCGGCACGGUGACAGUGGGAUCGACCCCGGUGGACCUGAACAACAUCGACCUCCACGCCUACAUCGUGGUGGGAGACGGGAGAGCGUACACCGCCAUCAGCGAGGUACCCGAACCCGUGGGCUGGGCGUUGAUGCCCGUUGCCCCGAUAGGAGAGCUGUUCGGGUGGCUGUUCGCUCUGGAGCUGCCCAACAGCCAAGCGGGAUUCAAAAACACAGGGGCCGAGUUCACCCGCCGUGCGGAGGUGUUGUUUUAUCCCGGAAACCAGCGCCUGUCCAUCACCCAGACGGGCCGCGGCCUCGACGAGCACAACCACCUCGCCGUGGACACCGUGGUCAGUGGGAGCGUGCCCUUCCUGCCCCCCGGGUCUGAAAUCACCAUGGAUCCUUUCAAGGAGACCUAUCAAUACUACCCCUCUGUUGCCACCUCCACCUCUGUGAGGGAGUAUUCGGUCGUUUCGGCCGACCGAGGGUCCGAGUCCUUCUCCUUCCAGCUGAAGCAGAACAUCACCUACCGCGACUGUCGGCACGACGCCAGCGCCGCCGCCGCUGCCCUGGAGACGCUGCAGAUCACCAUGGAGAGGGUGUUUGUGAUGUACGUCAAGGAGGAGCGCAUCCUGAGAUACGCCAUCACCAACAAGAUCAGUCCGGUCGGAGUGGAGCCUUCGGGGCCUCAGCUGGUUAACCCCUGCUACGCCGGGACCCACGACUGCGACACCACGGCCCAGUGCAUCCCGUCGGAGGGCCAGGCCUUCCAGUGCCAGUGCGCCACGGGAUACAGAGGAGACGGACGCAACUGCUACGAUGUAGACGAGUGUGCUGAGAGUCUGACCACGUGCGGCGCUCACGCUCAGUGCGUGAACCUGCCGGGGAGCCACCGCUGCCAGUGUCAGAACGGCUACGAGUUCGGCUUCGAUGGCCGUACCUGUGUCGAUGUGGAUGAGUGCAGCUCCUCUCCGUGCCACAUCAAUGCCAGAUGUCUCAACGAGCUGGGGUCCUUCAAGUGUCGCUGCCAGCUCGGCUUUUAUGGGGACGGCUUCUUCUGUUCCCAGCAGGAAGGGGAGACGGCUCGUCCCAAGAGCCAGUGUGAGCAGCACAGGGACAGCCUGCAGUCCGGCGUGGAGCCCAGCGGGCGCCCGAGUAUCGGCGCCUUCAUCCCGCAGUGCGAUGCAGAUGGACAGUAUCGGUCUCUGCAGUGCCACGGCUCCACCGGACACUGCUGGUGUGUGGACAGCAGGGGGCAGGAAAGAGCAGGGACCCGGACCCCACCUGGGACGCAACCCAAAGACUGUGACCGGACAGAUGAACCAGAGCGCCCUAAAACUCACUGCGAGCGCCACAGAGAGAGCGUUCUGAGCAGCAGUCCGGACGGAGCCUACGUCCCUCAGUGCGAUGUGGACGGACGCUACUCUCCGCUGCAGUGCCACGGCUCCUCCGGAUACUGCUGGUGUGUGGAUGGCCAGGGACAGGAGAGAGCGGGGACCCGGACGUCUCCUGGUGAGCCACCCAGAGACUGCGAUAAAUCAGAUGAACCUGCCAGACAUAAAACUCAGUGCGAGCACCACAGAGACAGCGUUCAGACCACCGGCGCCGACGGGCUUCCUCUGAUCGGAGUGUACGUGCCGCAGUGUGACGCCGGCGGACAGUACACACCCCUGCAGUGUCACGGAUCCAGUGGGCAUUGUUGGUGCGUGGACAGUCGGGGGCAGGAGAGGGCAGGAACCCGGACGCCGCCGGGCACAGUCCCGAAGGACUGCGACAGACCGGAUGUGCCCGAACGUCCGAAAACUCACUGCGAGCAGCACAGAGACAGCGUGCAGACCACCAGCCCCGAGGGCCGACCCAUCCCCGGAGCGUUUGUUCCUCAGUGUGACGCAGACGGACAAUACACACCGCAGCAGUGCCACGGCUCCACCGGACGUUGUUGGUGUGUGAACGUCAGAGGGGAAGAGAGACCUGGAACCAGGACUCCACCCGGGGCCCCAUCGGUAGACUGCAGCAGACCAGAUGAACCGCAGCGUCCUCAGACUCACUGUGAGCACCACAGGGACAGGGCGCGGGGUGGCGGCGCAGACGGAUUCCCCGCCGUCGGCGCCUACGUGCCACAAUGUGAUGCACAGGGCCAGUAUGUCCCACUGCAGUGCCACGGCUCGUCCGGUCACUGCUGGUGUGUGGACGGCAGUGGGCAGGAGAGAGCUGGGACCAGGACCCCACCCGGGACUCAACCCACAGACUGUGAUAAACCAGAUGAGCCAGAAGGACCGAAAACCCACUGCGAACACCACAGAGAGAAGGCGCAGGCCACCGCCUCCGACGGCUAUCCGAUCGUCGGAGCUUAUGUGCCACAGUGUGACGCAAACGGACAGUACCUGCCGCGACAGUGCCACGGCUCCUCGGGUCACUGCUGGUGUGUGAACAGCAACGGGCAGGAGAGGGCAGGAACCAGGACCCCACCCGGGACGCCGCCCAAAGACUGCGAUGAGCCAGAGCAUCCUAAAACUCACUGUGAGCACCACAGAGACAGCGUCCAAACCUCCAGUCCAGACGGACAGCCCAUCGUGGGAGGUUUCGUACCUCAGUGCGACGCAGAAGGACAGUACCUACCUCAACAGUGCCAUGGCUCCACUGGACACUGCUGGUGUGUGGACAGCAGAGGUGAGGAGAGAGCCGGAACCAGGACUGGUCCAGGUACGGCGCCUGUGGACUGCCGUCAGCCAGCCCCCGUGGCUCCUCAACCUGAGAGUGUGUGUGAGCGAUGGAGGGCCAGUCUGAUCGAGCACUACGGUGGGAAACCGGACCCUCAGCAGUACGUGCCUCAGUGUGAGCCGGACGGACAGUUCAGUCCGGUCCAGUGCUACGGAGAGACCACCUACUGCUGGUGUGUGGACCAGGACGGGCGGGAGAUUUCUGGCACCAGAUCGCACAACGUCGUCAAACCUGCGUGCAUCUCCACUGUGGCCCCGCCUACCGUGCGGCCCCUGCCCCGCCCGGUUGUGACCCCUCCUCCGAACGCCGCCGUCACACUGCUGUACGCUCAGGGACAGAAAAUAGGAGCUCUGCCUCUGGACGGGGCGAGGCUGGACGCAACCGAUUCUAAAACACUGCUGACUUUACAUGGUUCAAUUGUUGUGGGUAUCGCCUACGACUGCAAAGAGAAUCAUGUCUAUUGGACAGAUUUGUCUGCACGAACGAUCAACAGAGCUCCGAUGACCACUGGAGCCGAGCCUAAAAUACUCAUCAACACAAAUCUGGUCAGUCCGGAGGGCCUGGCCGUGGACGUCAGACGCAGGUUGAUGUUCUGGGUCGACUCGACGCCCGACGUCAUUGAGAGCGCCAAUCUGGACGGCAGCGGGAGGCGGACGCUGUUCGAAUCUGACCUGGUCAACCCGAGGGCCAUCAUCGUGGUUUCCUCCACCGGCACUCUGUACUGGACGGACUGGAACAGAGAGGCUCCGAAGAUCGAGAGCUCCACGGUGGACGGUCAGAACCGCCGAGUGCUGGUGUCUGACGGCAUCGGUCUGCCGAACGCCCUGACUCACGACUCUUCCUCCGGACAGAUCUGCUGGGCUGAUGCAGGUACAAAGCGUUUGGAGUGCAUAUCUCCAGACGGUUCGGGUCGGAAAGUUGUCCACCCCACCCUCAACUACCCGUUCAGCAUGGUGUACUACCGGAACCACUUCUACUACACUGACUGGAGGCGGGACGGCGUGAUCGCAGUGAGCAAAGACAGCAGUCAGUUCACAGACGAGUACCUCCCCGAUCAGCGCUCCCAUCUGUACGGCAUCGCAAUAGCAAGCAGCCACUGUCUAGAAGAGAGCCUCUAACGACGGACCGGCGGCCGCAGGGUCCUUUUGGUGCUAAUGGUCAGUUGUGGAGGGGGGCGGUGGGGGAGCCAUCCCCGGACAGAGGACGGGACCGCAGCUGUCUCCGGUGUCCCUCAGAAGGAAAGGAUGCUCAGGAGGAAGCGAGGUGGCUUCCCAUUAUCCCGAUGAGCAGUCAGAGCCAAUCCUUACCCCCUCCACACGUCCCCACUCCCCACUAUCUCACCUUUUAAAGAUAUAACCCACAGCUUUGUAAAUUUGUUUUAUACCUCAUUUUUA